AUGAUAGCCACCGGCAAGAAGACUCUGCAUUGUCUUCCCUAUGAUCUUCUCUAUCAGAUCGUCUCGGGCAUUGACUGCUUUGACUAUAUCAAUCUCAGUCGAACCAACAGGACGUUGUAUAGUUUGCUACAGAAUGAUCUUCUUGCUAAGCGCUCUAUCGAGAACACCGUGCGCGAGUCCAAAGAGGCGCAGCUUGCUUUUGCCCAGAAAAUAUCUUUCCGAGAAGCUAUUGGCCGCAUAUAUGACGUGAAAGAUGCAGUUGCGUCAGCCAGUCCUUACUCAGUUGCUGUGCUGGCAUACGCCUCCACAUUCAUCUACCAAGAAGGUGUACUGUCCUAUUACUGUGCUAACGAAAUUCGGGUUUUAAAUGUUCACCAAGCCGACGAAACGGAGCAAGUCCUGAAUGUUCGUCAUGUCUUACAUCGAAUCAUCCCCACAUUUCGGGGCGAUGAAACCCGGAAUGUUUCAGUUGAGCUUUCACUCUUACAUUACUCCGCAGGAGUGCUGGCCAUCUUGGUGGAGAUUGGCGAUUCAAGCCCAUGGUUGAUUCUACUAGACGUGACCCCGGAUGGGUCAAAACGACCACAGGGCUGUAAAACAGGACGCCUCAAGUUCUUGCGACAAUUAGAAUGCACUCGACGACUGUUCGUUCGCCAUAACGGAACUUACUUGUUCUAUGGGGUAUAUUCAACCAUUGGUGUAUUGAGUGACCCGCAAUGGGUUGUCCAAUGUGUGGAUCUGACAAAAGGCGUCGACCAAGCGUAUGGUGAGCCGACACUCCUGGAUAAAUUUGCCGGCACAGACGUCGGACAAAACGUCUGCUUUGAAAUAUUUGACAGUCAUCUGUACGGAGUGACAAGUGUGUCUGACUCAGACGAAGAGCAAUUGCAUUGGGAAUCAUUCUAUGAGUGGGUAUGCAUUGCACCCGCGAGCUGUGCUCGUAGGGCCAAGCCUGAACGGAUCUUUCGAAGACUCCAUAAAGAGGGGCCAAUCAACGAUACCUGGUCAGAAAUAUCGUUGCGGAAAGAUGAAGCUACCGGAGUGCCGAUGAUCUAUGAAUGUAGACGUGAAUGGCGGUCUGGAGGAUCGGACUGUGUUCGUACAUAUUAUACAAAAGAUUUGAAGCGUCCAUCAGAGCCAUCGGCCAAAGAAAAGGACCAAUCUACAGCAACAACAACGCGUGAGGCUGAACCAACAACACCUCGUGAUACCUCACUGAUAUCAGCCCAUCCCGUGAUUAUAGGAGGAGCCGGACCAAGCAACAUCAACUUUGUUGUACCCGCAUCAACACCGCCAUUGGAGCGAUCCAAGGAGCCAUCAAAGCCACCGCUCCGAAUAGAGAAAAACACCCAUUCGGAGUACACAGACACGACAUCCCCGAGACGUGAUUUUAUCCUCGCCAAGACCAAAUACAGGACCUAUAACCCAUCUGCCUCUGCUUUUAUAGACCUCAUCAACGACCCCGAGCCCAGUACCACCGUGGGAGCCGUCCACGAUCGCUUACGUUUGCGGAUAUGCUCCCGCAAGCGAAAAAACCCGUUUGAAUCUGAUAACACACUAACUAAAAGACUAAAAGAUGACAGCACGGGAGAUAUAAUACCCCAUAGCGAUGAGCGAUAUGUCAGCAAUGGGAUUAAAAUGUGGCCGGAGGAGAGGGCAGAUGAAGAGUUGAUUGAUCUUUUAUGCCCGGCGAAGCGAGCUGCCAAUGUACAUGGGGUAGCAGAUGAGAGAACGCUCAUAUACUCUGUCGAUAUCGAAACCGCUGAACCCCACCAGCAGCAACAGCAAGCCAUUAUCUUAGUCAAUUUCGACUCGCGCUUACGAAUCCCAUCUUUGCGUAAUCCGAAACGAAUAAUUCCUGUUAAAUCAAAAACCCAAGAAGGAAAAACUGAUGCUCCAGUUGGCAUCGAUUUGCCUCGUCUUGGAGAUAUUAAGGAUAGACCAAAGGUCUCAGUAGGAUGUGAUUCGCAAGCUGGGAAAAUGUCGCGACCAAGAUCAAUAAGGAAAGAGCAGGCAUUGUAUCUGUUGAUUGAUAAGGGAUUUUGGUUCGAUAGGAAAGAAAGAGAUAAUAUACAAUAA